CCUCCGCCGCCUCAGCUUCCCGAGCGAGCCCUACGGCCGCCGGAGCAGCUCCCGCGGCGGAGCAGGAGCCGGAUGGUCAGAGGAGCCCGGCAGCCCCAGCAGCCGCGGAGUCGCCUGGCCCCAAGACUGACUGGCACAGUGGAGAAACCACCUCGAAAACGGAAAAGCAGGACUGAAUUUGCUCUUAAAGAAAUCAUGUCCUCUGGAGGUGCUGAAGAUGACAUCCCACAGGGAGAGAGGAAAACAGUUACAGAUUUUUGUUACCUUCUGGAUAAAUCUAAGCAACUGUUCAACGGGUUAAGAGAUUUGCCACAAUAUGGGCAGAAGCAGUGGCAGUCUUAUUUUGGAAGAACUUUUGAUGUUUACACCAAACUCUGGAAGUUCCAGCAGCAGCACCGACAAGUCUUGGAUAAUCGGUAUGGCUUGAAGCGGUGGCAAAUAGGGGAAAUUGCUUCUAAGAUUGGGCAGCUAUACUACCAUUAUUACCUGCGCACAUCUGAGACCAGCUAUCUGAAUGAGGCUUUCUCCUUCUAUUCUGCAAUCAGACAGAGAUCAUAUUAUUCUCAAGUCAAUAAAGAGGACAGACCUGAGUUGGUAGUUAAGAAGCUACGAUACUAUGCAAGAUUUAUAGUAGUUUGUCUUCUCCUCAACAAAAUGGAUGUUGUAAAGGAUCUGGUGAAGGAGCUCUCGGAUGAAAUUGAAGAUUAUACUCACCGCUUUAAUACUGAAGAUCAAGUGGAAUGGAACCUGGUGCUUCAAGAAGUAGCAGCUUUCAUUGAGGCAGACCCUGUGAUGGUAUUAAAUGAUGAUAAUACCAUUGUUAUCACGUCUAAUCGCCUUGCCGAAACAGGAGCCCCAUUGCUGGAACAGGGCAUGAUUGUGGGACAGUUGUCUCUGGCUGAUGCACUCAUUAUUGGUAAUUGUAAUAACCAGGUUAAGUUCAGUGAACUAACUGUUGACAUGUUCCGGAUGUUACAAGCCCUGGAAAGGGAGCCAAUGAAUUUAGCUUCCCAGAUGAAUAAACCAGGAAUGCAGGAAUCAGCUGACAAGCCUACCAGGCGAGAAAACCCCCACAAGUACCUGCUCUACAAACCAACGUUCAGCCAACUAUACACAUUCUUAGCAGCAUCUUUUAAGGAGCUGCCUGCCAAUAGUGUGCUUCUGAUUUACCUGUCAGCCACUGGCGUUUUCCCCACAGGUCGUUCUGAUAGUGAAGGUCCUUAUGAUUUUGGAGGGGUACUUACUAAUAGUAACCGGGAUAUUAUAAAUGGAGAUGCCAUCCACAAACGAAAUCAGUCCCACAAGGAAAUGCACUGCCUUCAUCCUGGAGAUCUCUAUCCCUUCACAAGGAAGCCCCUGUUCAUCAUUGUGGAUUCAUCCAAUAGUGUUGCGUAUAAGAAUUUCACAAACUUAUUUGGACAGCCACUAGUCUGCUUGCUUUCUCCUACAGCAUAUCCAAAAGCUUUACAAGAUCAGUCUCAACGAGGUAGCCUCUUCACUCUCUUUUUGAACAAUCCUCUAAUGGCCUUCCUAUUUGUCUCUGGAUUGUCAAGCAUGCGUAGAGGCCUAUGGGAAAAGUGUCAAGAAUAUCUUCGAAAAAUCAACCGCGAUAUUGCCCAGCUACUGACCCAUUCACGUUCAAUAGAUCAGGCAUUUCUUCAGUUUUUUGGAGAUGAAUUUCUUCGCUUGCUCCUCACAAGAUUUAUCUUUUGUUCAGCCACCAUGAGGAUGCACAAGAUUUUUCGGGAAACACGAAAUUAUCCAGAAUCAUAUCCACAACUGCCAAGGGAUGAAACAGUGGAGAACCCUCACCUCCAGAAGCACAUUUUGGAAUUAGCAUCCAUUCUGGAUGUGCGAAACGUGUUCCUUGAGAAUACCAUAGAUGACUAUUAAAACAAAAAUCUUCUGUUGAAGCAAGUUUUCAUUUGCCACAGAUUUUAAAUGGUGCAGUUUUCUAAUGUGAUGACAGACACAUAGUGGUGUUAUUUAGUUUUUAUUUUUCAAUUUAGGACCACCAUUUUAAAAACAAGCUGAAAAAAAUUGUUCAAACUUUUAGGGUAACUGUUUUAAAAUACAGUAUUUCAGGUCUUUUAAAAACUCGAUUAAUCUUGGAAUUUUUAUUUUUGGGUUUUGAGGUACGGAUACUUACCUCUAACAUCUGCUCCUACACUCAUAUAGUCACUAUUCUCACCCUGAGAAGAGUAAAUCAUUUAUUUUUGUAUAAUGAGGAAAACCCAACUCUUAUACUUGGACCUUAAAUGUGUGGAUUUGGAAAAUAUGUAAUUGUUCACAAAUAUGAAACUAGCCAGCAUGGACUACCAAGAAUCAAGAACAGAGCCCUUCCAUAAUAUUUCUUUUCAUUCCAAGUUAGUAGAUAGAAAAACGUGUGAUUCUUUGAAGCCUAAUCAAGAUAGUUCUUAAAAGCAUUUAAUUCGUUUAAAUGCUGUUAAAAUUUCAGUAACUGUAUAGGAUUGAUUUGCAUCUAUAAAGCUGAAUCUCUAAUUGGGGUCUUGAGAUGAUACAUAUCAUUUGGAAUGUGUGAGUCCUGUGUUAUCAUAAGAUAUGUUUGCAUAUUUUGUUUUCUUUGUAGUCUUUGAAUGCUGGAAGUGAAAAAGAAAAACUUAAAUCUUUCAGUCAAAAAAUCAGGUUGUCGUUUUCAUAAUACAGUGUUUCCAUAGGAAUUCCAUUUAAACUUUUAUUAAUUAAUGAGAUCAAGUUUAAAGACUGUCUAGGUUGAGGUCUGUGGUAUACAGUAGAGAGUUUGUAAUCUUUUUGCCUAGUUCAGAUUUAUGAAACUUCAGAGUUGUCACUAAUUUUAGUUGAGGGUAACUGAAUUGUUAUAUAAUUAAAAUGGAAGUUGCUUUUGCAUUGACAAUUUGGAAAUUAGGUUUUUUAAAACUCCUUAUAUUUACUAUUUUAUAUUUCAUGCACAAGUUUUUUAUUAUUUUAUAUAGGACUCAGUGUAUUAUAUAAAGAUUUUUGGUUUUUUUCUUCCCUUUCAUCCCCUUCAUAAUUUUACAGGCACUAGCUAUGAUUUCUUUCCCCUCUUUUGACUCCCCAGCAUUCAAGUUCAGAAAUCUAUGAAUCAAAAGCCCUUCUACCUAAUUUUCUGUACAGGCUCACAACUCUACCUCUGGCAGUCCCAGGGGAAAUGAGGUGUUUGCUUUUGGUGCCUCUUUCCUAUGUCCCUAGGGAAAUUUUACUGUAAUAUUUUUAACUUGGUUUUUAUUUCUAACAUACAGAAUUAUUUUGGUCUAAGUUAUUCAUAUACGUGUUCCAAUUUGUUGGGUUUUAAUCUGAAGUCUUGAAGUUAUUGUUCUUGGGUUUGGGAGACUUUGUGGGUUUUUUCAUUAAUUUUUUAAAUGUCAUUUUUGUUUGUUCUUUUAAACAUUAUUUCAGAAGGCUUUGGAAAAGUUACCUUGGAGAAAGAUUUCCUUGGCUAGUGGGUUUUCAUUAUUAGAUAAAGACUGCUUUCCUUUUUUUUUUUUUCCCCCCCCAGUACCUUAAUAAACUUCAUAGCUUUCCUUUCAUAAGUGUUCACCUGAACUACAGCAAUAGACUGUCCUUAGUUAUCUGACCUCUUGUUUCAAUUCCCCUGAAGUUCUGUGCCAGUAAGAUUCCUAGCAACACAUACUCUCCUGUUCUCUGAUGCUUAAAAUAAUAUUUAUCAUCCUGAGCUUUAUCCUCACUUGAUUAACAUAAAGAACACUGGCUUGAGAAGUAGGAGACCUGAGUUCUAAUCCUGGCUUUCCUGAUAACUAGCUUUAUGCCCUUUGACAAGUAUCUUCAUGUCUCUGCUUUUUAGCACUCUCAUCUGUAAAAUGAAGGCAUUGGCCCAAGGUUCUGUCCAAUUCUGUGGUUCUAUAAUUUGAACUCUUGGUUCCAAAAGAUAUUGAUUUUCCCACCCCUGCCACCUGGAAAAUAGGUUUCCCUUAUUUUAGUAUAUACAACAUUUUCUUUUCUAUAUCAUUUUUACCUAGUUUUUGUUCAAGAAAAUAUCUGGGUCCCACUUAGUUGUUGUAGAAACUAGUUCAGAGAGAGAAUCUCCGGAAGAAAUUAGAGCUUUUGUUAUUAGUAACAUGUUUGUCUAAGAACAAGGGGUCUUGGAACUCACAGCUAGUGUUUAGAUGAUGACCUUGCUCCUCAAGUUAAUAGUAGUGUAAUUCCUUACUGAUGGUUAAAAAUUUAAAGUGAACUGAAGUAAUCUUGAGAGGAAAACUGUGCUGGAAAAUUCUAAACUAUUGUUUCAUUCAUGCCUUUAAAAAAAUGUGUAUUGAGCAACACUGUACUCCAGAUUUUGUCCUAGGCAUUGGUGAAACAGACAACGUAGACUUAAAAGUCCUUGUUUUCAUGAAGCUUAUAUUCUAGUAGGAGGAAUCAGGCAAUAAAUAUAAUAAAUAAGUAAAUUUAUGUUAGAAAGUUUUAAAUAGUGUGAAGAAAAUUUAGAGCGUGGCAAGGGAAAUUUUUCGUUUGUCUUUAGGCAGAAAAUAAUGUUUCAGUGAGUGAUCGGGGUAGGCCUUAUUGUGAAGGUUACAUUUGUGCAAACACUUGUAUUCCUUUGUUGUUGUUGUUUUUAACUUUUUGUUAUGAAAAUUUAAAACAUACACAGAGUUUAAUGAACCUUUUACACCCAUUACCCAGCUUCUACAUUUUAGGACCUUACUUUAAUCGAGGAAGAGGAAAUGAAAAAGGACAAUCACUCAAUGGGCUCAAGACGGCAAUGGCAGAGGAUCUUAUUUUCUCAAUAUAUACUGCUCCCCUUUAUGAAUAUUAAAAUGUUAAAUACUUUAUUUUUAGAAUUCAUAGAAAUUUAAAUUUUGGAACUAAGAACAAAGCAAAACAAUGGGAAAGGGCACUUCUUUGCUUUCAAAUUGCACAAGCUCCCCCCCUGGAGAUUCUGAUAGUGUCUCACCUCACCUAACAACCACUGUAAACAAAGUAGUGUAAUAGUGUAAGAGUGCAAGAAGUCAGUUAUAUACAAAACAAAAUUAAGCACAAUGGAAUUGUUUUCUCUUUCUUUGUCCGUAUAUUUCUGAAGUUGAUAAAGCAACUAUCUUCCCUAAUUUACAGAAGAGAAAGCUGAGACCCCAAAAAACUGUCCGUUUUUUUUUUCAUGAAGAUGGAGCUAGAACUAAAACUCAAAUCUCCUAAUCUCAGCCCAGUCUUUCCAGUAAGCUCAGGUUGCUUUCUAUAAUGAACAAGAAAGAAAUAAUUAGAGAUUUAUAUUUUGGCACAAAAGCUAUGGUAUUUUUUUAGUAUAUCAAAUAUUGAAACCAGUAUAAAUCAAUCAGCCCCUGCAAAUUUUUAUUUAUUAAUAAUAAAAAAAUCCACAAGUCAGACAUUUUAUCUUUGAUUUUAGUCAGGGUAUAUCCUUUGUGUAUGUGUGUGUGUGUUUUUUCUUCCUAGGAAGUGGUGCUCUCAAAAACCUCUCAAAGCACAUAGAAUUUAUUGUACCCUUUAUAUUUUUACCA